AUGGUUCUUGUCUCUCGACUCCUCUCCGGCCUGGCCGUGUGCGCCUCGGCUGUCUCUGGCUCUCCUGUCGAAAAGCGCAGCGUCAUCGCCCAUGACGCCGUUGUCGGGUUCCCAGAGACUGUCCCUUCGGGGACAGCUGGUUCGCUGUACCUCAAGUACAAGCCGUUCCUGAAGGUCUUCAACGGCUGUGUUCCCUUCCCAGCCGUCGACGCCAGUGGUAACACCGGCGGAGGAUUGGCAACCAGUGGUUCUUCCAACGGAGGCUGCAGCUCGAGCACCGGCCAGGUCUACGUCCGUGGCAAGACCUACAACGGUCGUUAUGCCAUCAUGUACUCCUGGUACAUGCCCAAGGAUUCGCCAUCGACUGGCCUGGGACACCGUCACGACUGGGAGAACAUUGUCAUCUGGCUCUCGAGCCAGAGCACCACUGCCAGCGUUGUUGGCAUGUCCGUUUCCCAGCACAGCGGAUACGAGGCCCGAACUUCAGGCACCUUCUCGGGCAACAGCCCCCUCGCGGGCUAUACUGCCUCCUGGCCCGUCAACCACCACAUCGUCUUCACCAGCGAAAAGGGUGGCCAGCAGCCCCUGGUGGCCUGGGAGAGCCUCACUGAUGCUGCCCGCACUGCGCUGACCAACACGGAUUUCGGUGACGCCAAUGUGCCCUUCAAGGAUGCCAACUUUGACAAUAACUUGGGUAAGGCUGCCGUCUAA